AUGAAGGAGGAUAACCUAUACAAAAGCAAUGGAAAUGAGAAAAUGAAAACAGAAAAAAUUUAUAGGACAGAAAAGUUGCCUGUUCAAAAAAACUCAGUACAGAAAGUAAGUUCUGCACCAAAUAGCGAAAUAGAAAAUUGCAUAGUUGGUACAAAGGAAGGUUCUGUAAUAAAUUCAGAUAUAGUAAUUGAUGAGGAUGAAUCAGGUGACUCCGAUGUAUCAGCAGAAACAGACUUAGAAAUAAUGCGAAUUGAGAACGAAACUAAUAAUGACAGAAGAAAGGGCCAAGUACAAGAGGCUGAGAAUGAGAAAAAACAAGUAGAACUCACAAUAACAAAUAUGCUAGAACCCACACUGACAGAAGAAAUAAAUUCAGAAGAGGAAGCCCAAGAUAAAGGACAAAACAAUAAUAACAAUUUAAAUGACAAAGCAAAAGUUUUAUCAUCGCCAAGCAGUCAGAUUAGAGUUCAAAAAAAUAUAGAAAACAUCGCUAAUAGCAAGAGUGAAGAUUAUAUGAGAUUAAAUAUGCUGAAAGAAGAAGGAUUCAUGAUGGUAACAUAUAAAAAGAGAGAUUUGAAAGCAUCAUCAGUGAAGAGCAUGCACAAUAAUAGACCCAACCUAUACAAAAAAGGAUGA